AUGGACUCAAGCGCCCCACUGACCCUAGAUGCUCUACCUCCUGAGUGCUUGGAGGAUAUCGUCAAGUACCUCGAUCUCAAUACUAUCAAAGCUUUGCGAAUUAGCAAUCACAAUCUCCAUGUUAAAUGCACUGGCCCUCGUUUCAAAAGCUUUCUGCACCAAUAUACGAUAGACUUGACAAGGUCCUCCCUCUUGUCAUUUCAAGAUUUGAUUGUUCAUCCUCUGGGUUCUGCCGUCAAGAGCCUAACAAUCAUGGCCCUUAUUUAUGAUCAAACCCUAAAGCAAAAGAUACAGAAGAGGUGGCAGAAUAGGACACCUCAAGAUAAUUUACAGGCUGCGGCUUAUCUCAAAGCACAAAAUGACCCUACCUGCAUGUGGCUUCAAGCCCAUCAGCAAGAAUUAGAUGAGAUAUCCUACGAAGAAGCAGUCGCUCAUCUUACUGUUUGUCUAAAAAACAUUCAGAAGCUUGACAUUAUUGAGCUUGAUGCUGCUAUCAUUCAAGCUCCCAGUCUAAAGGUCACGACAGAUACGGGGCCAGCGAACUGGUAUCCAGUAUGGAUGCGGGCAGCACGAAACUACUGCAUAACCAUGGAGGCUAUUGCCCUUAGUGACGUCCGAUUAAAAUCCCUAAGUGUAUAUCAAAUACCACCAAGGUGCAGCGUUCCACUCUAUGAUAUUGCGACCAAUAUUGAAAUGCUUCAACUACUCGAUCCCACCUAUUUGCAGAUGACAGGCAAGCACAUGGAACAGCUAGCAUUAAGUAUAUCGACUAAGGUUAUCACUGGUGCGACAGAGCGCCCGCCUCGAGUUCCUGUGGGAUGUCAUCAGGAUUCAGCAAGAAGAAUAACAAGGCCUAGUUAUGUUGCUGGUAUUGGUGGAGAUCAUCUGCUCGAUGAGGAGAAAUUUGACGGACUUGCGCGAUUUCUAAAGCUCAUGCCUAAUCUCAGAGCACUUGAACUUCAUUUUUACAGCACUUUGCUGGAACAGAAUAGACCUUAUAACAAUAUGUUUGACAGGGUCGCUAAGGAACUUCGAUUUCCUUUGCUUCGACAGUGCAGUCUGAGAGGCAUCCAUUUGAGCGAGGGUUACUUGCUCCAGUUUCUCUCCAAUCAUUCACAGAUCACUGAUUUAACACUAUGUGAAAUCGAAUUCGAAGAUUCAAACUCUUGGGUUCCUAUCUUUGCACACCUUUCAUUGAAAAUGCCUCAUCUCAGUCGACUUUAUCUCGCAACGCUGAGUGCAGCAGAUCGGAAGAUCAACCUGCAUCCCGUCUGGGAAAAUAAUCCUUCAGAGCUGAUGGAUGGCUGGGUUCCCGCAAAAGAGUUCUCAGCAGAUGAUAUCAGAAGGGGACUCGAAUUUCGUACAGAGAUACCACAACGUCAAGGAAGCGUGAGGUCUCACGUGUGGUGGAUUUCUGUGGAAAAGGAAUACAGAUCUCCGUGGUUGAGCAACUGGAAUGAGCCUCGUAAUCAGCCAUAUCCUUUCAUUCGCUCCUCCUCCUUCAUUCUUCAACCACCAGCUGGGCCUAUACUACCAGAAUAUGCGGGCAUUUGA